AUGUCUAAACUAGAAGAUUUUCGUAGUGCCACAUCCGAAGUCAAAAAAGAGUCAAGUUUUAAUGACUCUGAAUCUCCAUAUGUGACUUCUUCAGUAUCAGUAGAUGAAGAAAACUUAACUGGAUGGAAGAAGUUCACCGAUUCAUUCAGACGUCAAACAACAGAAGAUAUUGCUGCUGGUAAGCAAUUAGCCAAGGGGAUCAGUAAGCGUCAUUUGAUCUUGAUGGCCCUUGUGACUGGUAUUGGUACCGGUUUACUUGUGGGUUCAGGUCAAGUGUUGCAUAAUGCUGGUCCUCUCUUUGUGCUUAUUGGUUAUGGUAUCGUUGGUUCCUUUUUAUAUCCUACAUUACAAGCUGCUGGUGAAAUGGCGGUGAAUUAUUCUGAUUUAUCUGGGGGUUAUAAUAAUUAUCCUCGUAGAUUUAUUGAUGAAUCACUUGCAUUUGCUAUUACUUGGAAUUAUUGUAUUCAAUGGCUUUCUGUUAUUGCUAUUGAAUUGGUUACUGCUGCUAUUACUGUUUCUUAUUGGAAUGACAAGAUUAAUGCUGAUGUUUGGGUUACUAUUUUUUACGUUGUUAUCUUGGUUAUUAAUUUCUUUGGUGCUAAAGGUUAUGGUGAAGGUGAAUUCGUUCUUGGUUCUUGUAAGAUUAUCAUGAUUGUUGGUUUCAUCAUUAUGGGUAUUGUCGUUAACGUUGGUGGUGGUCCAGAAGGUGAAUUUAUUGGUGGUAGAUACUGGCAUAAUCCUGGUUUCUAUACCAAUUUCAAGGGUCUUUGUUCUGUCUUUGUUACCGGUGCCUUCUCAUUGGGUCAAUCUGAAUUCGUUGCCUUAUCAGCUGCUGAACAAUCUAAUCCAAGAAGAGCUAUUCCAACUGCUUGUAAGUUAAUCUUUUGGAGAAUUCUUAUUUUAUUCUUGGGUGCCUUAACCAUUGUCGGUUUGUUAGUUCCUUACAACUCUGAUAGAUUAAUGGGUUCUCAAGGUGGUGGUUCUCAUGCCUCUCCAUUUGUCUUGGCUGCUGCUUUACAUGGUGUUAGUGUUGUUCCAUCCAUUAUUAAUGCCGUUAUCUUAUUAUCUGUCACCUCAGUCGGUUCAUCUGCCUUGUAUUCAUCUUCAAGAACCUUACAAUCCUUGGCUGAACAAGGAUUUGCUCCAAAAUGGUUCAAUUUUGUUGAUAAAGCCGGUAGACCAUUACGUUCAUUAAUUGUUUGUUCCAUUAUUGGUUUAUUCUCUUUUAUUGCUGCCUUCAAGAAACAAGAUACCGUUUUCAAUUGGUUAUUGGCUAUUUCUGGUCUUUCCCAAAUUUUCACUUGGUUUGGUAUUUGUCUUUCUCAUGUUAGAUUUAGAGCUGCAUUAAAAUAUAACAACAUUUCCCUUGAUUCUUUGGGAUAUAUUGCAUCUACUGGUACUUGGGGUUCUUAUUAUGCCAUCGUCUGGUUUAUUCUUGUUUUGAUUGCACAAUUUUGGAUUGCUUUAUUCCCAGUUGGUUCAUCUGUACCAAAUGUUGCAAAUUUCUUUCAAGGAUAUCUUGGUGGAUUAGUUUUGCUUGUCUUUUACCUUGGUCAUAAGAUUUGGACUAAGAAUUGGAAAUUAUAUAUCAAGAUGGAAGAUAUUGAUAUUGAUCUUGAUAGAACUAUCUUUGAUGAAGAAAUCUUGACUCUUGAAAAACAAGAAGAAAGAGAAAAGUGGGACAGAACUCCAUUCUAUCUUAAAGCAUUGAAGUUUAUGUUUGCAUAA